GUUGCACUGAUCUGGCUUUAGUUUUUAGUCUUUUUGCUCUUCAGAUUUCCCUUUCUCUCUUGUUAAAAAAAAAGAAAGAUUCUUUCCUUGUUAAAGAGCUCCAAUGCACAAGGGGUGGGGAAGUUGAUGCACAUGGUGUGUUUGUGACUUUUCUUGAGAGAGAGAGAGAGAGAGAGAGAGGGAUGUGAAGUUCUAAUCAUGGAUGUGCUUCUGGCAUUUACAUGUGCUUCAAUCACCUCUACCCACUUCAUAUAAUUCUAUACUUUCCAUCUUCCCUCCAAAAACUCUCUCUAUCUCUUGCUCACUCGCCCGCUCGCUCUUGUGUAUAUAUAUUCCUAAUUUUCUAGCAUUAAAAGAGGGCUUGAAAACAGCAGAGAUGAGCAAUAGUCCAGCAGCACCUUGCACUAGAUCAUGGUCCAUUAGUGAGGACUCAUUGAGGAGGUACGUGUUCUAUGCAAGUGAGAACUGUAUUCAGGAGCUGUUGUCAGCUUCUGACGCAAACAGGGUCGGGAAUGGGAAUGAUGGGUGGAAGGUAGUGACACUUGACAAUGGAGUAGAGAUAUCAAAGCGCCGGUCUGGAUCACUCCACACUUUUCGGAGCCGGUGGCUGUUAAGAUCAGUCUCUCCCCAGCAAUUCAUUACUGUUGCCAAUGCAAUUGAUGCUGCAAAGCAAUGGGACUCUGAUUUGAUGGAAGCUAGGUACAUAAAAGAUCUUGAAGACAACCUCAGCAUAAUCCGGCUAAGGUUCGGGGAGAACUCUAAGCCUCUGUUUCGAAACAGAGAGUUCAUCGUCUAUGAGCGGCGUGAAACCAUGGAUGAUGGGACUCUGGUGGUAGCAGUGGCUUCACUGCCUAAAGAAAUAGCAGCUGGAUUGCAUCCAAGGCAAAACAAUGCAAUCAGAGGACUUUUGCUUCAGUCAGGAUGGGUAGUUGAGAAGCUUGAUGAUGACUCUUGUAUGGUCACCUAUGUUGUUCAGGUAAAAGAAGACAAUCUCAAUGAACAAAGCUUGUGUCAGGCAUGUGGUAGUUGGAUCCAGCAGGGUGGCUACCAAAGUGCUUUGUGAAUCGACUGAAUACAAAACUGGUCAUGAUCAUUGAAAACCUUAGGAAAUUAGUUCAAGGUUGUCCCACCAAUGGUGGUGAUACAUGAUGAUUUACAUGGUGUAAUUUAAGGGAAAUAAGGAAAUGUGAGUAAGAUUUUUAUAUAUAUAAUUACAGCAUCAAUUUAAAAAUUAUCUAUAAUCUUGAUAACCUCUCUCUCUCCCAAGUCAACUACCUCACUUGCACAGAUCAUGGCACCAUUUACAAGGUUUUUUAAGAUCAACCCCACAUGUUAUACAGUGGACAACAUGAUGAUUCAAGGAUCUCUUUUGUGGGAUCCAACAUUUCCAAAGCUCAGGCACUCGAU